GCCGAGGACACGCCCCAGGCUGAGGUGACUGUUCACACGGUUCACACGGUUCACACUGUGCGCGAUACGCAAGCUGCGGCACCGAUCCGUCAUAAGCCGGUGCUGGGCCCUCCCUCCUCACCACCUCCACGUUCCCGCUCAGCCCGUUUUUUCUCGGCCUCGCAUUUCUUGCAAACCCUUCCAGGCUCCGCGCAGCUGGAGACGGGCGUGACCGAAUCUGUCUGUUGGUCAGAGGUUGGCGCUAGUAGCCAGGUCGGAUGCUGCUGCUCCAUCGAUCAGAUCGCCCUUUGCUGUCUUCUCUCUCACCUUUUCUGUCUCCUGUUUCUUGCAGACACCAGGCAACAAACAGUCGCGACCGACACGCAGGACAGACACCAUACCACUCAGCUAACGUCUAACAGCCUUUUGACUUUGGCGCUUCGUCGACUGCAGUCUUCAGCUGCCGGACCUAAAGAGGGCAAGACGGCCAACAGUCGCACACGCAACAACCGCAUCAUCGAAGCAGCCAAUCUUCUGCUGCGGCAAACACCACCAUUUCCAUCAUCUUUGUCCUCCCCCUUUCCCGUUCUGCCCCGCGCUGGGCCGUGCCGUACCGUGCAGGUACUGUUUCUGUACCCCCUCCGUCGCCCAAGAGACGCCUUGUCCUUUGUUGCUGUUCGAGGGCUCGUUCCAAAGUCUCCGUUGCGGCACGACAUACAUACACCCGCCUUUUACCACCUUUUCCUGGUCCGUUAG